UUUUGAAAAUGUGACAUCAGUGGGUUCAUUCAAAUCAAUGGACCUGCUUCAAACUUAGUUGUUCUAACUAUACAAGGAAAUAUGGAAUUCAAUUAAAUGAUUUGGAUUACAUACACCACUGACCACUGUUUGUUUUAGAAUGUUUAAUAUGUAAAUAAAUAAACAAAUACACACAUAAAUAAAUAUAAAGACUCUAGAUUAGAAUAGGCAAAAUAGUUUGAUGUUAAUAUAAUAUAUGCCACAUUUUUAGAAUCCAUCACAAAUCUAGAUAAAGAAUACAGUAUAACAGUUGUGUGACAUUAGGAAUGGCACAGUGUUCCAGAUUAAACCUUACGUUACAAUUUCGAGGUUCUUUGUUUUGACACAGAUAUAACAGAUGGAUUAUGUUAGUUAUUGUUUCAGCCAAAUACAGCGCAAUGCAUUGAAAGAAAGUCACUAUGGACAUUGAAGCCUGUGAAUGAACAAUUAGUAAACCGAAGGACACAUUACACAAAUAGAAUGUGUUAUGAAACCCAUUAUUAUGUUACAACUAUAGUAGAUAAAUGGAUGAGUGCAAUUUUAAGUGGGUUCCAGUCCCUUGUGAUGUCAUAUUGUUGAAGAAAAUAAUGUUCUCAACAAUAUGACAUCAUGAUCCACUCUCCUGAGGCAGUACAAAAUAUUCAGUAGUGUAAUUUGCUAUUUUGAUAAUCUAAUUUCACUAUUUUUAAAGGUAUUGUAUGCUUACAUUGUGAGAAGAGUUGCACUUUUAGAAUGCAAACUCUGGUAGCACAAUUUUUUAAUACCUUAGGCAAUGUAAAACAGACCAUCUGUAAAUGAGUUUGGAUAUCUUAUCAAGGCCUAGCAGUCAAGUCAAUGGUUGUGCUUUUGGCAGCCAACAAGAAGAGUCAGACCCAUGGGACAGUAUGGGAAACACUUGAAAUCUUUAAUGGCCCGGUAUACCAUAUUCCAAAUGGACAUUUUUCUUUUAAGGCCAAAGGUUCCAGCAGACAUGCCUUGUGGGAUUGUGCUGGCAGCAGUUAUGCGUGUAGUGCAUUUUAAAAGUCAAUCAAUGGUAACUGUACAUAAAGUUUCUGUUGUCCUCUACAAUGCUCACAGUCCUGUACAUUUCAACUAGCCUUGUAAUAGUUAGGGUCCCAGUGUGGGCAUUUUAUACUAUAUCACUGGCAGUUUGCAGCAAUAAACAAAGAAGGACAAACUAACUUGAUUACACAUUUUCAAGAACUCUGUAAAAUAAUCACAUUCAACUGCAUUUGGAAAGUAAAAGAAACAUAUCGACCAAGCUCAUUUGUGAUGUGUGUACAGAAAUGCCCAGGUGUGGUACUGAAAUUAAGACUGAUAUUGUUGGACAGAUGAUCCACAGAUAGAUACUUAAAACUACCUUUAAUUACUAAACAAAAUUACAGUGGCCUAAAACCAUUAUAAAUAUACAUACGGUAGAAUGGUACCCAAAAUGUAACUGAACAAAGACCUCCAUUCUCAGUGAAUAACGACUUCUCUUGUUUUCACAGAGACAGUCUACCGUGCUGCAUAUAUCAGCCGCAUUUCUUAGACGGAUUGGCUAUGACUCUAAAUGCUGGGGCUCUGAUUGGACAGCUUCCUUGUCAAGCCUAGCCUAUGCUCCGCUGUCCCUAUUGUGUUUCUCUGAGGCGUAUAGCUAGUGCAGAGAAGCUGAUUUGGGUACACUCGUCAGACUCAGAGUCACUGCACUAUUCUCUGCGGGAUGGCUGCAAUAACCAAGCGGACAUAGUUUGAAGAAGGAGGCUGCAGAUCUGGAUAAGAGCCAGACAUUUGGGUUAGCAUUAAAUGGAGAAACAGAUGGAUUCUGAACCUUCAAAGCAUGCCUUUAUGUCAUUAUAAAAAUGACUGUCCUGUAUAUAAAAAAAAACUCCUCAGACCGAACCAUGAACCAUCAUCGUUGUUGGCUUUUAAUGUCAAAUGUUCAGUCUGAACAGCAUAAUGCUGUUUGAAAAAACAUCACUAAUAGGAAGAAAGCUAUUUCAAGUUCAGUCCACUAAACAGAAGUAAAUGCAACAUAAUGCCUUCAAAGGUCUCAUGCUUAUAUGUUUUGACAGUUGUUUGCUGGGCAAGUGCUCUCUGGUACUUAAGUGUAACCCGCCAAUCAUCUUCAUAUGUAGGCCAUACAUCAAUUAGUCAAAGACAGGUAGUGACGAAAAGAAACAUAACUUUCAACAACAUUCGAACUCGCCCUUUGAAUCCGCAUUCCUUUGAAUUUCUCAUAAACGAGCCUAAAAAAUGUGAAGCCAACACUCCCUUUCUGGUUAUCCUCAUUAGCACGACGCACAAAGAGUUUGAUGCCAGGCAAGCCAUCCGAGAGACUUGGGGAGACGAAAAUAAUUGUAAUGACAUCAAAAUCAUCACGUUGUUUCUUCUUGGCCAAAAUACAGACCCUGUUUUAAAUCAAAUGGUAGAACAGGAGAGCCAGAUUUUCCAUGACAUCGUUGUGGAAGACUUUAUAGAUUCUUAUCAUAAUCUUACCCUGAAAACAUUAAUGGGCAUGAGGUGGGUGACCACUUUCUGCCCAAAGGCAAAGUAUGUCAUGAAAACAGACAGUGAUAUUUUUGUAAAUAUGGAUAAUCUGGUCUACAAACUACUGAAGCCAACAACAAAGCCAAGAAGAAGAUACUUCACUGGCUACGUCAUCAAUGGAGGUCCAAUCAGGGAUGUCCGCAGUAAAUGGUACAUGCCCAGGGAUUUAUACCCUGAAAAUAAGUACCCACCCUUCUGUUCCGGCACUGGUUAUGUGUUUUCUACAGAUGUUGCAGAACUCAUUUACAAAACCUCACUUCACACCACGCUGCUCCACCUUGAGGAUGUCUACGUCGGCAUGUGUAUGCGCAAACUGGGCAUCCACCCUUUUCAAAACAGUGGCUUCAACCACUGGAAAAUGGCUUACAGCCUGUGUAGAUACCGAAGAGUUAUCACAGUGCACCAGAUCUCUCCUGAAGAAAUGCAUCGGAUUUGGAACGACAUGUCAAGCAAGAAGCAUCUCAGAUGUUAAUGCUGUACCUGAUGUACAUAUAUACUUAUUUGUUUGAGUUUAAUACUCAAGUAAUAAGAUGGUCCAUCUGGUAAUUUAUACAUGUCACUAUGCAUUUAUAGGUUUUGGACAUUUAUUUUAUCAUAAAGCUGUAUGUGUUUACUGAUAUUUAGCUUUGCAGGGAGUUAAUUAACAGAUGUGGUUCUAUAAGUGCAUGUGUAUGUUUCAAUAAAUACGACACUGAUGUAUAUUUUACAACAUGUUUUUUUUAAUUAUUAUUUAUUAGUGUCUUGAAACUAUUAGUCACUUGGCAAACCAAUAGAAGCCAGCAACACAUAUAUAUAGAUAAGUUGUUGCACAUUGUAUAUCAUUAAACACUAAAGAAGGUUAAAUUAUAAUAUAUAGUCAAGCAGGAAAUAAUGUAAAGCAUUUUGAUUGACAGUGAACUAUUUAUUUGUAGGAGCAACACUCCUAAGCAAAAACUGAAGUUCAUUAUGGUCGAUUGCUGUUCUGCUGCUACUUUGCACCGAAAGCGUUUGUUCAUUGAUUGAUUAUGCUUCAGCUAAUUAAUUGCCAACAAGUACAUGUCUUAAAGAUAUGCAAAGUUAAUUAUAUGUAAAAUUCCUGAAUUCUGAGGCCAGUUUUGAAUGUCUUUAUUAAUUUAAUAUCCCUGUCAUAUGAAAUUGGCUUGGGUGAAUGUAUUGUAAAAAAGAAAAAAAAUCAAAAUCAAAAAAAUGAUUAUGAUCAUCAAUAUAUCUCAGUGUUAAAAAUCAACUGCGUAAAGCUUAUUGAUGCUUGAUGUAAAGGCUGUGUUUUUAUUAUGAUGUAUGUACAGGUCUUUGUAAUUUUUCUUCAACACCAGUAUGUAUUAUUUGGCAUACAUAUCCUGUUGUAAAAGUGAAAUUUACAAUGUUAUUUACAUUCCUAUGUGAAUGUAUUGUUCAUGUGAAUGUGGAGUAUCUAAUGUAUUAACUGCUAAAGAAAUUAUUGUAGAUAAAUAUAUUUUGUAUUACAUGAACCAUAAGACAACAAUUUAAACUGGCCUGAUAAUAUCAGAGCCAAUUUAAUUGAGCUGCUUGUAAUUUAGUUUUUAUUAUGUAGUAUAUGAACUGUUGUGAUUUUACCAUGCAAGCAAAAUUACAUUUUUCCUAUUGCAGAUUAUUGUAAUGUACAGUAUGACACCUUUUUACAUUAAAAUAAACAUUAUUAAACAUUAUGGUGUACU